AUGAUGUUUCCACUGGGUCGCGCAGCACAGCGCACCGACAAGAGACCUUUGCUUGCCGAACUCCCUGAUUAUGCCGUGGCUCACAACUUUGGCUUGGAGCAGCAAUCCGCUGGGUCGCGUGACGACCACCAAGCAUUGGACGCUGGCAUCCGCGCUAAUGGGCUCAUGAUCCGGGAGACGAUCGCGGAUGGUGAUUGCGGGUUGCACGCCAUUCUUCUUAACCUUCAGCGGUUACGGAUUCAGACGGAGCCUGCAGCUGGCAUCUUGUCCCUUCUUGAAAAGAAGGGUUUGGACUCUGCGUGCCAGGCACUGCGCCUCAACCUAGUUAUCUGGCUGAGGGAUCAUCAGGCGGAGGAGCUGAUGCCGGAUACCAGUCUUUCUGACUGGGUGCAGAUGGACGGCUACAGCAGUUUCAGUGCUUAUAUGAAGCAUAUGAAAGUGGCCAAAACUUGGAUUGAUAGUCCGAUGCUUUAUGCAGCAUCUGCUGUGUUUCUGCUUCAAUUCGUCAUCUUCCUGGACGACGGUCGGGGUCAUUUGCUGGCCGCCCAGGUGGUUCAGCAGCAAGAAUCGGGCCAUGUAGCAUUGAUGACUAACAUCGGGAGAUGUCACUUUCAGGCAUUGCAGCCGCUUCCUCCCGAGAAUUUCUCUCUAUGUUCAAGCACUGCAGACGAUUUACGGCUGUACGUGCCGGAGACACAAGAUGAUGCUGAGUCUGCUGAGGACUCUGCAUCGGAUGCGACGGAUGGAGAAGCCACCCCUGUGCCUGAACAGAACAGUCAUGCUGAAAAGACAAUUCGAAUGUGCCAGGCACUUAUAAACUGGGACCCUUUUGCUUCUACCUGUGAUCCCCAGCUUCCUGACCUUCUGAAGUCGCUGGAGAAUACCGAUGAGCCAUCGGAAGCAUUGUCGCAAACAUUGCAAUGGAGGGCCGCAGUCAAACUUCUGCAGCAUGAGGAGUUCGACAGAGCAGAAGUUGAUCGAUCCUUCCAUCUGGAACUGGCAAGGAUCAAUGUCCUUAAAAGGACAACCCCGGCUGGACAAAAGAUGUUAUACGUGAAAUCCCGGACUUUGGGGCCCAAGCUGACACUGCCAGCCAUCAAGAAAAGCCUGGUGCCUCCUUGCCACAAGAACAACACAUGCCAUACCUGUCUAGACCCCUUCCGGAGUUGCCCGAAACUGGUCUUGCGUUGGCGAAAGAUGUGGUACAGCCUGCCGAAAGCGGACAGACAGGAACGUCUCGAGCGGUUUUUUGCAACAGCGAAGCAGCAGCAGGAAGCGGAAGGACAAGAUGAAUUCCGAAUGCCUUUCAGUGUUUUCGGACAGAGCGUCUGCAGGGAUGCGUUCAUACGCAUCACAGGUAUCCAUGCACACACGCUUCAGAGAGCUCGAUCGGCUGCUGUGGCUGGUGUUUCGCACCAGUCCGAGAUCGCUGCGUGGCGAUCGCGCAGGGCACCGGCCUACCUCGAUUGCAGAGCCUGGCUUCUCGAUUAUGCCCGUAUCCACGCUGACACCAGCAGACACCAGCAGAAACCAUUGGAGGAAGUGGCGGGCUUGAAGUACUUCCUCAAGGUUUGGAGGACGGAGCUCCCGUGGAUAAAGCGCCGACCUACAGCUGGCCCCUUCACCCACUGCGGUCUGUGCGAUUAUCUGAAGUGGACGAUGGCCCGCUGCUCGGACAGAGGCGGCCGCGAGAAGCUGGCGGGCCUGCUUGGGGAGCACUUCAAGUUCCAGGCCGCGCAGCGUGUCGCGAUGUCGCAGCUGUUCAAGGAGAGUGAGGCGCGCCCUGAUGAACUGAUUGCAGUGGCAUGGGACAAGAUGGACCAGGCGAAGACCAUCGUGCCACGUGUUGUGUCAUUGGCCAACACACAGUUCAUGAAAGGCGGUGCUCGCCUGGUGGUUUCCUUGAUUGGCGUUCUCGCACCCUGUCUCUUCAAGCAACCCCUGCUGUACACCAUUCUGGAAGAUCAGGUGCACGGCGGCGACAUGGUGGCUAGUUUGAUGCUAGAUGUUCUCGAGGAAGCUGUGGGCAUCAAGGGGCAGCUGCCAACGAGGUUCUUCAUUCAAGCCGACAACACUGUCAAGGAGACGAAGAACACGAUUGCAUUGUUUGCAGCGGCGUGGCUACUGAUACAGCUCAAAGGCACGAGGCUGACCUGCAUUGAAUUUGGCUACUUAGUUGUGGGUCACACCCACGACUUGAUAGAUGCCAUGUUCGCAUACAUCUCGAAGGCUCUGGCUGGACGCGACUUCUACAGCGUUGAUGAGAUGAUAGGCAUUCUGCAAAACAGCAUGAAGAAUCCGCCUUUCUGGAAACACUUGCGCGACAUUUACAGCUUCAAAGCUGCUCAGCCUCACAGCCUUAGCAGCAAGAGGGUGAAGGGCAUCUCGCAGCCCAAUAAUGUGCGCAUCUUUUGGGGUCCUGAUGGCAAUCUGCUUGUCCAGUCCAAACAUUGGCUGACUUCCGAAUCUUGGGGCGAAGCGUUGGUCCUGUUGGAUCAGACAGAGGUCACUCGAGUGGGCCACCUGUAUCCCGACAUUGUGGAGCCUGCAUGGGACGAAUCUUUCUUGAGAACUUCAGAAGGUUUCUUUCAGAAGUUGGAAGACUUGUUUCUUGGCGUGAGAUCGGAAAAGUUGUCGGUUGGUAUUGUUAGCUUUUGUGCUUGCAUUCAAUCUUUUGCAGCAGGGCCAGGUUUGUUCAGUAUCACUGUUUGGCCCUCCCUCCGAAAGCCAAGGUUGUCUGCAGCUUCGUUUUCGACGGAUGGUAUCCAGAAGUGCCGAGCCUUGUUGAGACACGAGAACCCGUCCUUCAUGCCGUCAGGGCGAACACUUGGAGACCGCGUGAUCGCAUUGCGAAGACGCAUAGACUCCAAUCCGGCACGGCCAGCAGCGAGUGGCUUCUCAGAAGGCCUUCGAAAAGCAAUGGCAGCUGCGUUUCCUGGAUCUUCAGCAAGUGUCCGCGACGGGAAGACUGGACUACUCACAAUUGCCGGGGCAGAGAGCUCGGACCAGAUGGGUUUUUGCCAAGACGAGCUGGAAACAGGCAUGAUCGUGCUCUUCUCAUGCACGAGGCACGCAGACUUGCCGUGUCGCGUCGGCAAAGUGCUCCGAAUUCUGCGCGAGUUCGGUUCUGACCCCACGGCUGUUGUGGAGACUUGGCAUCCUGUAGUUAAUCCAAGCAAAUAUGAUCGCGUCCAUGUUUUUGCUGCAUGGGCCCCAGCUGGCCGUGAUGGAGCUGCCGAGGGCUCGAAACGCAAACGAAGCAGGCCAGAGCUACCCUUGCGCACAAUUCCCCUGGGAGAUGUUCUUGUUUGGCCGCUGGAUUUGGAAAAGAAGGAAGAUCAGGAGCAAUCGGACCAGAGCGGCAAGGUGCCCUUGCCGGCUUUUCAUUUCAUGCGCGAGGUGCGCAUGGUAGAUGUGAGCCCAAAGCGCUUUAGUUUCAGCAAGAGAGGGCAGGCCUUCUACCGAGAGGUCGUGAAGCGCACUGCGGAGUACAUGCGUGCCGGGGAAUAA